UUUUUGAAGAGUUCAAGAGAGCAAAAAUAGUCUCUCCGGUGAAUCAAAAUCACAUAAAAGGGAGGAUGGUGGCAUGUGUUAAGAGGAAGUGUGUCUGUGACAAGGCGCUGCCUGCUUCUGCAGACACUAGCCUGCAAUGUCUGGGGGAAUAAGAAGAAGUGUGCCAGUAUAAUCAGCUAUAACGCAGAAUCAUCUGCUUCAAAUCCUUCACUCCGCCCACAAGACACAAUCCCUCUAUUCUUGUAUUUUUUUCCCUCAUUCACUCCAGUAGGACAUCUGUGAGCAGGACUCACAUUCACACUGCCUUCUUUCUUCUUUUUUUUAAGCCUCCUGCUACUACUUCUUUUUCUUUCUUUUUUUUUUUGUAUUACUUCAUUUUGAAGUUUUUCUUUGAUGCUUUUCAAAGGAUCAGGCAGCCGGACAGAAAAAGUUGUGACAGAUUUAGAAAGAAGAAGGAGGAAAAAAAAAAGUCCUGAGAGAGGCAGACAGAGCUUUGCCCCGGAGGUUCACGAGGAAGAAACAGGAGACAGAUAAAGAGGCAGGGAUAAUCGGAGAGAGAGGGAGGGGAAGAGCACAGCUGUUGUGUGAAGAGAAAAUACAGAUAAAGAAGGCAAGUGUGAAGGGCGAAGGAGAAGAGACUGACGGAGACAACCAAGGCUGGAAAGAAAAAAGGGGAGAGACAGACACAAAAAAAAAGGACUGAAAAAAGGGGAAAUCUUUUCCAGUUGAAGGUCAAGAAAGACAUCCAGAGAUAAAGGGCAAACGGACACCUGACGUCAUAACCGACCGCAGCGAGCAUGGAGACGCAGCCCGAGGGAAGACCUCCUCUGGAGUGAAAGAAGAAUAAGCUGUGUUUGACGCCCGAGCAGAGGGGACGGUUUCCUCAUCAUGUUUUAUUCAGCCGUUUUCCCAACUUCAAACAACCUGCGCCGGAAGAGCAACUUCGUCCCGGGAUCGAAUGAAGAGAGGAGCAAAGAGAUACCUGCCGAGUCUGCGAUACCCUGCUCCUCCUCUUCCUCCUCUCCUCUCCUCCCUCACUUUCUUUUACCUCACUAACUUCCUCCUCCUCUGCCCUGAUAUCUCCUCUCCUCUCCAUCUCCUCACUAUGUGGAUACCAGCUUUGCUCCUAUGGAUGCUUAAUAUCAUCAAUUUGUGCUCGGGACAAGACUAUUCGGACUAUUACCAGACUGCAGACAUGGGCACCGAGGCUCCGGUACUGUCGGAUGACCAGCCCAGUUUGGACUCGGUGACGACCGUGGAUCAGCUGCUGCAGCUUCUCUACCCCGAGUACAGUUUGCUUCAGCAGUGCCUGAGGAAGAAACCCUGGCACGCCUCCUCCGCCCCGUCUUUCUCCUCGGCGAGCCCUCUAGGGCGCGCUGACGACGAGGAUCUGUGGGGUCAGCCGAGGGAGGAGGCUCUCUUCAAAGUGAACGGGCCUCUGGGAGUCAUCUUGGAGGAGAUCCAGCGGACCUCGUGCCAGCCCAGAGAGGUGUGCGUGGAGGUCGCCAAAGAAUACCCAGAAUCCACCAGUCAGUUCUUCCUCCCUCGCUGCGUGGCGCUGCAUCGGUGCGGCGGCUGCUGCAACAACGAGGCCUUAUACUGCACCAACACGAGCCACGCGCUGGUCAACAAGACGGUGAGCGAGCUCGUCUGCAUCACAACCCGCCCGGCGGCAGUGGGACGCCCUUUGGCUGCAACUGGACAUCAAUUGAUGGAACUUUCCCCGCCCAGGAUGGAUCGCUCUGUCGUCAUGGUGACCUUCGUCAACCACACCUCGUGCGAAUGCCUCUCCAAGCGGCCGCUCCACUCCAUCAUAAGACGAGCCGCGACAGAUCACCUGUGUUCCCCGCCCGACCUUCCCUGUGCUUCUGGGUCAUUAUGGGAUCCAGUGAACUGUGUGUGCGUCUCCACAGACGCCAUAAACUACUCUGAGCGAGAGAUGGACGCGCUGGACUCAGGUCUGCUGGCUCUCUGUGGGCCCAACCGGGUUCUGCACGAGUCCACCUGCGAGUGCGUUUGUCGGAACGGACUCACCGAGGACAGCUGCGAUCCGGGAUGGAAACUGGACCACACCACCUGUGAAUGCCAGUGCGAAGGUCAAGGCGAGGGGAAGUGGUGCCCCACCGGCCAGCGGUGGGACGACGAGCUGUGCGGCUGCGUCUGUGCCGCAGAGUGUCCCGGGAACCAGCCCCUGAACCCCGACACCUGCCUGUGUCAGUGCAGAGAGAGCCAGCACUCGUGUCUGCGGCAGGGCAAGAGGUUUAACCCAAAGUCCUGCAGUUGUUACCGGUUGCCUUGCAGAAAGCCCCGGCGUGUGUGCCAGACUGGUUUUUACUACAGCCACCAGGUCUGCCAGUGCAUCCCCAACUACAUGAGGCCUGAGUGGAAUUGACCAAUCGCGGGAAGGCCGAGGAGCGAGACUGCAGGUGAAGCCAUUUAGCCCAGAAAGCUUUUUGUGGACAUCAAAGAGGAAGUGCCUCUUGAGGGGAAGGUGGACCUACACAUGGAUUAAAACCGCAGCACUUAGAGGAGUUGUGUUAAUGCCGUCUGUGCAUCCGACACCCAAAGGAACGGCAGGAGCUCUUUCCCCAGUGACACUCGGACAAAAAACGCCAUCCGUAUGCAGUUAAACUCGUAAAAAAAAAGUAAGUAAUCUCAGCCAAAGACAAAACGAGGAGAUACAUCUGGCUCCCACGACACCAAAUCACACUCAAAAAGCAGGACAGCGAGGACCAAUCAGCCGCUGAGUCAGCGCUCAUCCCCGCAGCGACGUGUUCGAGCAAGACAUUCAACCACCGCAUGCUGCAGAGACGCCGCUCACGACCGUGUGAAAUGGAAAGUGGAAUAAAAAAUAAUAACAGAGCAGACUUUUUUUUGUUGUUGUUGUUUUUCUUCUUUUUUUUUAAUAGAUUAAAAUGAGCUUCAGGCACUUUGGCAGGCUUGAGUCAUGAGCUGUUUUGAGAGGUUGAAGGAUGUAUUUUGCAGAAAUCCCUGUAAUGUUUUGUUGCCGGGGGUCUCGUGACCCUCUUUUAGAAGAAAGGUGGAUCCACUCAGAGCCCCUGAGAGGGGAUGGAGUGAAGCUCUAGAUGCAGAUAAAAUGUCUUCUUACGUAAAAGUCUAAACUUCUAAAAGAUGUUUAAAUUAGUUUAAUUAAACAAACAGCUGUUAUAUCGUCCAGCUCCUACUUGCUCUUUGAACAUCUCGCGUGGCCGACUCCAAUCACUUCUAAUUUAACUUUCACACUCUCGGUAAUAUUAUUUGUAAAUAUUUUUAAUCUUUUUUUUUUCGUAUUUAAAAGUAGAUCAGGUGGAGUUGUAAAAAUACUGUAUUUACUGUAUUGUUUUGGCAAUGAAACUAUUUACAUGUCUUUGUACCCCCUGCGGUUUUUAAUUAUUAUUAUUAUUAUUAUUGUGAAUUUGAAUUGUGUUUUUCAAAUCGUCCAUUUGCCUGCACUGCAAGAUACAUUUUAGCCUCUGCCAUUAAAAAAAAAAAUAGUUUGGUUUGAAGAUUUAUUGCAGUGUAGAGAUUAUUGUCGUGUUUGUUGGAUGCAUUGUUUUCAGGCUGUUAAAUAUUUAAAGUAGUUAUGAAGUAUUGAUUAAAAUCCAUGUCAGACUGA